GUAGUCCGGCCACGUGCUCCCGGAGCCGCUUCCUGGAGUGGGCCGGACUUCGGCCGUAGGCGCUUUUACGACACGGCCGCCAAGCGCGGAAGCCGGGCGAGGCGGACCGGCGAGGGCGGAAAAAAAACAUGUUCGGGAGCGCUGAGGAGGAGGAUGCCGACUUCGUGUCUCCGACGGGGGGGGCCAGGCUGGCCUCUCUCUUUGGUAUGGACCAGACGCCCUCGGGUACUGGGAACGAAUUCUUCCAGUAUACAGCACCCAAACAGCCUAAGAAAAACCUACCAGCCACAGGUGUGGGCCCCCCAACGCAGAAGCCUCCUGCACCUGCGGGAGCGCCCUCCGUCUUUGUCGCCACAGCCGUUCACGCCUAUCGGUUCACGAAUGGGACCUAUGUGAAACAAGGCAAAUACGGAGCAGCUGUAGUGGGAAGCCACGCCACUCAGGAGUACAGGAUCCUGCUUUAUAUCAACCAGCAGCAACAGAUCACCAGUGCAAGAAUCCACCCAGGCUUUGUGUUCACGAUCCAACCCAACAACUAUGGAACAUUUUAUGAUGAUCAGAGGCAAAACUGGUCCCUCAUGUUUGAAUCGGAGAAAGCAGCGGUGGAGUUUGGCAAGCAGCUGUGCCUGGCCAAGUACAACAGCAGCCUUUCCCCUGAUUCGGUGGUGUGCCAGGACCUCCUCCUCGGAGACGGCCCAGCCGUGGAAGUGGGCGAUGCGCUUGAAGUUUCCUUCACUGGAUGGCUUUUGCAGAAUUAUGCUCUGGGGCAGGUGUUCGACUCCAACGUGAACAAGGAGAAACUCCUCCGUCUGAAACUGGGCUCUGGCAAAGUCAUCAAGGGCUGGGAAGAAGGGAUGCUUGGCUUGAAGAAAGGAAGCAAGCGUUUCCUCAUUGUCCCUCCGGCCUUAGCUUACGGGUCUCAGGGAGUGGCAAAUCGUGUUCCUCCGGACUCUACACUGGCCUUUGAGGUGGAAGUCAAGCGGGUGAGAUUAGCCAAGGAGGCUGCUUCAAAUGGGCAGAAUGUGCCCUCCAGGGACACCCUCGCGCCCUCUCCAGGACCAAACACUGAACAUCUCAGCGCCGACCCUGCAGGGUUGCCUCCCAGCACACUACCACCGAAGCCUGGGGAGCCAGCUUUGCGCGCCAAAUCCAACUCUCUCAGUGAACAACUGGCGAACCCCGACGUGGCGAAAGCGAAGCUGAUUUCGCGAAUGGCGAAGAUGGGCCAACCGAUGCUGCCUUUCCUUUCCGGUUCAGCUCCAGCCCAGCUGGACUCUAGCGAUUCGGAGAUCGAGGACCCCAACACCUUGCGAGAAGCCGCUCCUCCCGUGACAUCUUCUCCGCUGAAACCAUCCUCCCCAGCUGCUCUUCCUCAGAUAGCAGCCCAAGGGCCCCAGCUAUCUGCUUCUGGACUCCAUGUGUCCUCGCCUGCUGUGAUGCCUACAGCCUUGCAUCCACCCACAGCUCUUCCUGGGUCCUCUCAGAGUCUUCAGGCCUACACAGGGAUGAACUAUGCCUACCCACAAGGCUCUGCGGCAGCUUCCCAGCUCCAGACUGUUGGCCCCAUCUUUCCCACUCCUUUCCAAGCAGCCGGUGAUAUUGGUUCGUUCUUAAUGACGGAAGCAAGGCAACAGAACACCGAAAUCCGCCUUUCGGUGGGCAAAGUGGCCGACAAAAUAGACCAGCUAACUGCUAAGGUGGAGGAGCUGCACAAGCAGAAUUCUACCCAAAGCUUGUUACCAGGUAUCUCCUCAGUCACGAUGGAGGCCACCAUGAUUAUGACCAACAUCCAGCGCAUCGUCCAGGAAAACGAGAGGCUGAAGCAAGAGGUGUUUGAGAAGAGCAGUCGCAUCGAGGAACAGAACGAGAAGAUCGGCGAACUGAUUCAGCGGAAUCAGAGAUACGUGGAGCAAAGCAACCUGUUCAUGGAGCAAAGGAACAAUUCUCUGCAAAUGAACACCGAACAUUCUCAAGCCAGAGUCUUACACGCUGAGCAAGAAAAGGUUAAAGUUGCCGAGGAGCUGGCAGCGGCGACGGCCCAGAUCUCCCGGCUUCAGCUGGAGCUGACCAGCCACCAGAAGAAGGAGAUGGACCUUCGCUCCCAACUGAAUGCUGCCCUGAAGGAAGCCGAGAAGCAUGCUGCCCAGCUUAACCAGUUGCAGGCCCAGGUAGCAGAACUUCGGGAGUCCUCCGAAGAGGCCAAGACUAAAUUCACGGUAGAGAAGCAGAACCGUAAGCAGCUGGAUGGGAAGUUGGCGGCGUUGGAGGAAGAGCUGGCUGACCUCCGCUUGGAGAAAGAGAACUUGGAGAAGAAUCUUUCCGAAAGAAAGAAGAAGUCUCUACUCGAGAGGAAACAGGCCGAAGAAGAGGCCGAUGAGAUCCGUAAGUCUUACCAGGAAGAGAUGGACCAACUCCGGCAGCUUCUGAAAAAGUCACGGGCCUCCUCCAACAACGUUGCUUCAGAGCAGUUUUCCCUUCUGCAGACCGAGCUGGAGUCCCAGUGGGAAGCCAAAUGCGAGCGUCUGCUGAGCUCAGCCAAGGAGCAACACGCCCGCCAGUUCCAGGAAGUGUGUGAGCAACGGGAUGCCCAGCAGCAGAUGGUCUCCCAACUGGAAGAGAAGAUUUCUCUGCUCAAGGCCAGCAGGAGCUCAGAGGAUCAAAAAUCCGCACAGCUGCAGGAUCAAGUAGAGGAACUAGAGGCAGUUAAAGGCAAGUGUGCGUCCUUGCAGUCCCAGCUGGAAGACCUCACUGCCCAUUAUGAAGACCGGAUCCAAGAGCUUAGGAGUAGGACCCCACCGACAGCUUCAGCUGAAGAGGUGAAAAAGAUCAUGAACGGGGUCUUCCACUCCCUCCGAGGCCAAUUUGAGUUGGAGGAGUCCUACACUGGAAGGAUCGUCCUCGGGGUGGUCAUGAGCACCAUCAAGACAAUAACUCUGCAGCUGUUGGAAAGGUCUGAAGAAGGCAGCCACUGAAGAGCAGGGACCCGCAGAGAGGAAGCCCAGUGGCCCUCGCCCGAGAUCAGCCAGGCAGUCCUGAUGAGACGCCGGCAGUGGCAUCUCCUGUGCCUUCCGACCACCUAGAAGAAGACCCAAACGGUUCUGCUUCUCUCUUUAGAAGGAAGCCAAAGCAAGCAGGAAAGAGCAGACAGACCUGUUGAGUUGACCCCGUCAUCCUCGAAUCCGGUCAACAAACCUCCAGAGGUGGAGAAUAAGGAGGCGGUUUGUGUCUUCUGGGCCAACAGAAGCGCAUGCUUUAGAUGGUGCUGUUGAGGACACACCCAUAGAUCCUGUUCCCUUGAAGCCAGCAGCGGAGGAAGCUGUGCCUACACUGGAGCCAGACAGAGAAGAAGACACUUCCCCAGAUGUUCCUAACCAAGAUCCAACCUCCUUGAACCUCCCAUCCGGUACCACAGAUGAGAAAGUCCAAGCUGGGGAGAUGCCACCACCAGCAUCCAUCCCUCCGUCUGGGGAUUCCAGCACCCCUGAGCAUAAAGCCAAUUUGCUGAAAGCAACCGUCUGUAAGCUGCCUCAGCAGCAGGUCCACUGGAAGAGGACGAGGACGAUGAAGAACUGAGCUUUAAAGGACGGCCUCCCCCGACCCCGCUCUUCGGUGACGAUGACGAAGACGAUGACCUGGAUUGGCUGGGAUGAGCAGUGGAGGGAAGCUUGGAUGGAGACUCACGACGGAAACAUUUUGCCUGGUUGUUUUGCACAGGGGAGGGGGUGGGCUUGAGAACUGGCCGGCACUCAGGCCCCCUCUGCAAGAUUCUGGGAUUGCCUUGCGUCCCCCCCCCCCCCCCAGGGGCCUUGAAUGUCAGAGGUUUCUCCCCUGCACUGAAGCACAAAGCAAGCCCUUUUCUGCAUUAAACUCUGAAAUUCA